AUGUUUAAAGGAAGAGCUGUGGGCAAAUAAUAUUUAUAUAAAGAGGAAGACAGACAGAAAUGGAGAAAAUGGCUAAGUGUCACAUAUAUCUGCCGGGACUGAUCAUUUUCUGCUCACUUCUCACAGGUACCAGAGGAGUGGUCAAUGUGUUUUGUAGUGAUGGAGUAAAUGUCACUCUGCCCUGCAUUAAUGCUCCUCCUGACUGUAGAUCAACAAUAUGGUUCUAUCAUAAAGACAGUCAUUCAAGAAAAGAUGAACUGUUUUUUCAAGGAAACAAAAAGAAUGGCCAUGAAAGAAUGAGUCUGGGGUCUGACUGCUCUCUGAACAUCUAUAAAACCACAAAAGAAGAUCAUGGGCUUUACAUAUGCCAGGAACAAUUUAGGAUUGAUUCAAACACUGAUCCCAAUGUUUAUCUGCAUUUUCUUCAUGUGUCUUUAUCCUCCACACAGACUGAGAUUAAAGCAGGCAGCUCUGUCACUCUCUCCUGUCAAUUAUAUUUAACAGAUGGAUAUGAUUGUGAGCGUUUGCGCGAUAAUGAUGGAUUUCAGAUGAUCUGGGUGAAUGAGUCUGAUGUUAAUCUACAAUCAGACUCCAGAUAUCAGAUCUCAUCUUCAACAAAACACUGUAACAGCAGUCUGACUACAACACUCCUGAAUGAAGACAACAACAGAGAGUUGAGAUGUCAGAUUAUUACAGGAACCUCAAAAGUUGAGACCUCAGACAGAUACACUGUCAAGUAUUCGGGUAAAACUCCAUAUUUAACUCUCUCAUUCACUUUAUUUACUGGAUGA